GCCCACCCCGCGACCCGACCGGACUCAAUUUAUGGUGCACUCAGCAGCAGCCACAUCUGACUUUUUCACUCCCAAAUUUCCCUUAUCCCCAUUAUAACAGAGAUCUCCGCUCAAUCGAAUCCUGAAAACCAAAGAAAUUUUCCAUGCCUUGUCCAAGCGGAAUCCUCCUCUUCCUCAUCCUAAUCUCCCUCCCAGCUUCUUCAUUCGCCGUAGCCGAUGACGACAAUCUAUCCGCGUACCAAGCUCUUCAACAGUACGACUUCCCAGUAGGCAUCCUUCCCAAUGGCGUGGUUGGGUACGAAUUGAACAGGGAAACGGGCGAGUUUUCAGCUUAUUUGAGUGGAGCCUGCAAGUUUGACAUUGAUUCAUACCAACUCAGUUACGAAUCCACCAUAAAAGGAGUGAUCUCCCCAGGCAGGAUAACAAAUUUGAAGGGAGUGAGCGUUAAGAUCCUCUUCUUCUGGCUUAACAUCGGUGAAGUGAUACAUAAUGGGGACCAGAUGGAGUUCUCCGUUGGGAUUGCGUCGGCUAACUUCCCUAUUGACAACUUUUAUGAAUCUCCUCAGUGUGGGUGCGGAUUCAACUGCAAUGGCUUGAAUGCUUUAGCGUCUUCUAUUUAGGUAAGUUGUGAUAUAACUAAUAGAUGAUUUAUAAUUGGUACUCGUUUAGGCACUGUUCGGGUAUGUUUAUCGGGAAAUCUUUACGGUAUUUAUGAAUGCUUUCUAUGACUUAAAUCCUAGAAUUUAUUAUUGGAAUCAA